UAUUAGUGGAGGGAGUCCACUGCUGACUGCUCCACCAUCGCCUAGCUAGCCCACUUUUCCUUGACUUGCGGCUCUCGUCAGCUCUCCCCUCUCCGCCGCGAAGCCGGAGCGCUUUUUUAAAGGCAGCAAGCAAAGCCCAACCAAACCCAUUCGAGAGGUCGCCGAGGAGACGGGGGAGGAGGAGCAUCGGAGAGGGAGAAGAAGAGGGGUAGCCAUGCUGGACCAUCUCGUCGGGCUGGUGAGGGUGCGCGUGGUCAGGGGGGUGAACCUCGCCAUCCGCGACCUCCGAUCCAGCGACCCCUACGUCGUCGUCCGCAUCGGCAUGCAGAAGCUGAGGACGAAGGUGAUCAAGAAGAAUACCAAUCCGGAAUGGAAUGAAGAACUCACCCUCUCGAUUGAAGACCCUGCACAUCCUGUCAAACUGGAAGUGUUUGACAAGGACACAUUCGUGGAUGAUUCGAUGGGUAACGCGGAGCUGGACAUUCGACCGUUGGUUGAGGUCGUGAAGAUGAAGCUUCAGGAUGUUGCCGAUGGAACUGUGGUAAAGAAACUGGUGCCCAACAGACAGAACUGCCUAGCCGAGGAGAGCUCGAUUUACAUCUCCGAGGGGAAGGUGAAGCAGGACCUGGUUAUCAGGCUGAAGAACGUGGAGUGCGGGGAGAUAGAGCUCCAGCUUCAGUGGGUCGACCUUCCUGGUUCAAAGGGUGUAUGAGCUCAGCGCUGCCCUGCUGUUUUCAGGGGUUCUCGAGUAAAAGUAAAGUUCAUGUGACGAAUGUAAGCUAAGGAUGGUUAUGGUACAGCAAGUGCUAAACUGCUGAUUAGGAUUUUGAUGUUCUUUUAUGAUUUGUAUAUAAGGGGUUGUUUGGAUCUGUGUUUUGUGAAAACCAGAUUUCAUAAAA